AUGCACUGUAAUACAGUACCCAAAUCACAGGCCGUUUUCUUCUUUGAGCACGAGAGUAACUUGACCAAGGUGCGAGGCUUUGGAGAAAGAGUGUCUGCCGCAGACUACGAGCAAUCUGAGAAAACCACGAAAGAUUCAUCAGAGCAAAGAGUUUGUCGAAAAGCCACAAGACGUGGUCGCUACUCCAGAUGGUGCAGUCCUUAUCCAAAUGACAACCAACAAACGCUAGAGCCUGGGAAAAUCACAGAACACACUCAAAACACAAAUUCAAAAACGCCGGAAACUCUUCAGCCUCCAUUCGGGCUUUCAUGGCUACAGGCAACCCAGAUACUAAAUAUUUUCCGUCAAGAGUACACCUCUCAAUUUCCCUUUGUGCUAAUCCGCAGCGAUGUCACGGCAGAAUCUCUGUAUAAAGGAAACCCAUUCCUGUUUCGAGCUGUCAUGCUAGUUGCUGCACCACUAUCAGAACCUAGAAUCAUCAAAAUGAAGCGCAAUGUGCUUGCCUACCUGGGUUAUAGAACACUUGUCGAAGAAGACAAGACUCUGGACAUACUUCAAGUGACCAAGCCAAUACUGAUAUGCCAAGCCGUCAACUUGGCAUGCCUUGGGCUAGGAUAUGCGCACAACCUGGGAAUUACACAAGAUACUUCACUGUCUUCUGGCCCUCAUAUCAAUACUAAAGACUCGUAUAUAGCAGUACUGGAUCCAAAAGAAGAUGCAGAUUCAAUGGAGAAGAAACGCACUCUCCUUGGCAUAUACUGUGUGUUGUCAAUUCUCUCAACGAGACAAUCACGCACAAAUCCUCUGCAGACACCCUAUAUAAACGGCUGCCUCAAAUCCUUCAGUGAGACCCAAGACUCGCCAUCCGAUUCUGUAGCAGAGCACAUGGUCCGUCUGAUCCAGAUGAGCGAGAGACUCUCAGAAGGGUUUGGUGACCCGUAUGAACGUACACUCUCCAGACCGUUUGCUUUCCUUCUAGAAGGAACUGGUAGACGCUUCCACUCUGAUCUAAGUCGCUUGUCAGAGUCAGUUGCAUAUCCCAAUCUCGCAAGUCGCAGCCAGAUAUUCGAGUUACAUCGCUUGUAUCUCCUUGUGCGGUUGUAUGAGCCGGCAAUUAUAGUGGCAUGUCAUCCAGACGAGGGUGUAGCUCAGUUUUAUUAUCUUUUGAUAUGUCUGCGCAAUUGCCUUGAAGCUAUGCAAUCCUUUUUCGAACUUCUUCUGGGAUUACCUGUCGAAAUUGUUCUGCGUUGUUCAAUACUUACCGUCGAUCAAGCUCUUUAUGUCAUGUUGCAAGCAUCAAGACUGCUUCUCAUUGAAACUCAUGAGUGGGAUGUUGAGUCCGCUCGACAGACACUGGAUUUGAGUGCCGUACUGGGUCGGGUGAUAGCACGUUUUGAAGAAGCAGAAGAACUACGUAAGAAGGAGAUAAGGAAUUUUGUUGAUGGUGUACGCGAAGAAGAAAGUGGAGGUGGUGUUAGCAGUGUCACUAUGGUCGUAAAGGAGGUACAGUGGCUGAAAUACUGGUUCGAAGCCAAUACUCAAGGGCGUCAAGUGGGAGAUGCAUCGUCAGUUGAGGCAAAUGGAGACAUGUCUCACAAUGGAGCAAAGCCAAGGUGGUCUGUAGGACUCUUGGAGGAAAUGCCAUGGAAUAUCACAUCUUGA